UGGCUGUCACAUGACCGGACCAACUUCCUGUUUACUGUGAGCACAUAGCUUUUGGUUCUGGUUCCGGUCUGUGUUCGGUCCUGCUCGUUGGAGUCCGUCUCUUAAGAUUUCCGUCCGCGGCUCUGGCCGUUUCCCCCUCAGAGCCAUGAGGACGUAACACCGAGGGAAACCCAACAGGCCCGGAUGAACCCCGGAUGUUUCCUGAAUCCAGCUGACCGGGGCUGAGCUCGCGGGUUCAGGUACACGGCGGCGGUUGUGGUCCCAAGCAGAAACGACAGGGAAAUAACAGCGUUAAAAACGGACCAUUUGAGAGUCACCGACUGACUGACACCCGCGUCCCCGCCUGGGCGGCUCUGUGCGCGGCUGCGGCCGCCGGCUUCUGUCCUGGAGUGGCGUGGAGAAGUUCGCCCUGAAUUCACGGGACCUGCCCGGCUCUGGCCCCCUUAAGCGGGUGGUUAGGAAGAAGCUGGCCGGGAAGGGAUGGCCAGGCCGGUCUUCUCAUCCCAAAGGACAAGGCUCUGCUGUGUUUGAAGGGGGUCGAGUGCGGUUGGAGGCCGCCGCAGCGGGCCGCCGCGCCAUGCUGGCCGCCUCUCCCUCCGCGGCCUCCGGGCUGUCGCUCCGGAGAAGCGAGGAGAUCGUGGAUCUGAUUGACCUGUUUUCCAAGACGCAGUACCGGGCGAAGGAGGUGACUCCACGGGUGGAGGCCAUAGAGAAGCGCUGUCUGGAGCUGUUUGCCAGAGAUUACAAGUACAGCAUCAUCCAGAACUCCAGCGGGGAGGUGUGCGGCCACUACCCCCGCCAGAUCGUCUUCCUGGAGUACGAAAGCACGGACGGCGACCGAGACAGGUAUGAGAGCACGGUGCAGAUCAGUAAACUGCAGGACCUGGUGAACCGCAGCAAACUGGCGCGCUGCAGGGGGAGGUUCGUCUGUCCCGUCAUCCUCUACAACGGCAAGCACAUUUGUCGCUCAGCCACCCUGGCCGGAUGGGGGGAGCUGUACGGACGCACGGGCUACAACUACAUCUUCUCAGGGGGGAGUGACGACACCUGGGCGGAUUCAGAGGAAUUUCCAGAGGACAGUGAAGUCAGGAAUGGCGACUCGCAGCUCUUUGACAAGGUUCGAGGUCACGACAUCAAGCUGCUUCGUUACCUGUCGGUGCGCUACAUCUGUGACCUGAUGGUGGAGAACAAGAAGGUCAAGUUUGGACUAAACGUGACGUCCUCGGAGAAAGUGGAUAAGGCUCAGCGAUAUGCAGACUUCACGCUGCUCUCCGUGCCGUACCCAGGAUGUGAGUUUUUUAAGGACUACAAGGACCGGGAUUACACCGCCGAGGGGCUGGUGUUCAACUGGAACCAGGACCAUGUGGAUGCCCCCCUCACCAUCCCGCCCUGCUUCAGCCAGAACCUGAACAUCGACUGGACCCAGUACCAGUCGUGGGACCUGGUGGAACAGACCCAGAACUACCUAAAGCUGCUGCUGCACAUCAUAAACAGUGAUGAUGACAGUGGUCUCCUGGUUCACUGCAUCUCCGGCUGGGACCGCACGCCUCUGUUCGUUUCGCUCCUCAGACUCUCCUUGUGGGCUGACGGCGCCGUGCACGCCAGCCUGGAACCCGCUGAGAUCCUGUAUCUGACCAUUGCCUACGACUGGUUCCUGUUUGGUCACUUGCUGCCAGAUCGACUCUCCAAAGGAGAAGAGAUCUUUUUUUUUUGCUUUAAUUUUUUGAAGCACAUCGUGUCCGAGAAGUUCUCUGCGGUCCGAAAACAGAGGAGGAAAAACUCUCAGUUCAGAGACGGUGAAUUCACCGUGGAGGAUCUCUGUCAGCUCAGGUCGAGAGACCGCGGGAGCGUCACCAGCCUGAGCAGCGACUUCUCCCUCAUCACUGAAGAGAUGGGCGGAGCUUCUGCCCCAACAGUUGACACUCUGGAUCCAUUUUCCAGCCAACCUCAGCCCUCUAACUGGAGGAAAAUGGCUGCUUCCUCCCCUCAGAUGGUGGUUUGGUGCAAACAGAACCCUGCUGAGGAGCACUUGUCCCAUCUAGUCAACGAGGGCCGGUCUUCAAGCUCCUCCUCCUCCAACCAAUCAGAACAAGGCGCCACAUGGACCGGGAGCAGCCCACUGGCCGUUCCCAGCAGAAGGCUGGCAGCAGACUGCGCUCGCUCUGGCUCCUCCCUCUCCACAGACUACGGCAGCUGGCAGAUUGUCUCCGGCUGCGGCAGCAUCCACGACCACGGCCACUUUCCUCAACCCGCUUCCUCGAACUCCACCUCUGCCGCCGCCACCUUUGACCCCCCUCUGCCCUUCAGCUUCCAGGACGAAGGGCCGAAUGGACGAAUGUGUCCGCUCCCCCCUGAGCGUCAGGUGCGUCUGGAGGCGGUGCGGGAGCUCUUCCUGGCUGCAUACAGCUCCACAGUGGGCCUCAAGUCGUCCACUCCCAGUCCCUCCGGCGCCAUCUCGGGUUUGCUGGAGCAGUUCGCCCGUGGAGUGGGUCUGCGCGGCACAAACGCCAUCGUCUGACCCGGCUCUUGGAGGUGCAAGAACUCUGCGACGGACAGUUUCGUCUCCAGCUUUGUUCCUGAAGCUGAAGUGUGAGCGGUGCAGGCACGUCCUCCUGGAGGAGACGGAGUCAGGAGCAAACAUGGAGUCAGAGACUGGAGGUGCAUGUUCUAAUGUCACUAAAGUGCCAAACAUACAUCCACUUUUAAGAUUCAUGGUUCAGUCUGUCUUUUUUUUUUUUUUUUUAGCUGCAGGGAUUUAAAAGGGAAUUACAGAACCAGAAAGGUCUGAAAAAAAAAACUCCCCAGCUUCUUGGUUCUUGACCUUUCUGGACUUCUGAUGGUCCAGCAGACCUGCCAAUUCUCAGUUCGUUCAUUUACUCAUGAGAAUUUUACGGUCAGGUCUUUUAAUCUGUCUUAAGCUCAGACCCUUACCUGGAUCCACUUAGACCCAGAAACCACUGCCUUCAGAGACCCGAAUCUACGGUUCUGGUCCUGUCCAAAGCUUAUGCAGGAGCUCAGAGGAAGCCAAAUCACAUCUUUCACUUGUGUGCUGCUGAAGUUCAGACCUGAACUCGGCAGAGUGCUGCAGACCAUACCGAUCAUCAUCCUGGGAGGGUUGACUAAUCGAUCAGAUCCCAGCUGAGAAGGUCUCACCAGGAAGUGUUAGAAUAGAAUAGAAAAAACAGAUCUAACUGGGAUUCUUGAUAUCAUUUAAAGAUCAUUUUUAAUGUUGGGAGGAUCCGUUUGUCUAGCUUUCCUCUGUUCCUCAGACUGUUAGGCAUCCAGAGCAGAGGAGGGACCGUCUGACUGGGAUGUUAGUCAUGUAGCUUGCACUGCCAUCUAGUGUUUGAUGCUGAAACUUCUGAAUUUGUCCUCUUUGAAAGUAAAACACGGUUCAUAAGUUUUUAAGAUCCAUCUGGACGUUCAUAACGGACUCAGAGGUGCAGAACCAACAGCUGUUCUACACACAAACGGCUGUUUAGCUUUCUCAGCAUCAUUUUCACAGAUCCUGUCAUUCUCUGGUGACAGUAAGGGGGCGCUAUGGGAGCAGGUCUUAGUCAAAAUAUUCAGACUUAUAAAUAUUUUGUUCAUUUUAAGGUUUUGGUGAAGGGCAGAUUGUGAUCAGCAGCUGACACACCUCAGGACUUUUCUUUGUGCCUUUGUUUUUUAUUCUUCCUCAGUAAAUCUGAGAUGUUUUUUUUUAUUUCUUUUUCAAAGUCAAGUUUGUCGAAAAAAUCGGUGCUGUUUGAGUUUUCAAAGCAGAAAUGAUGGAGUUAAGUUCAAUAAAUCCUUUUUGUUUUUCACAUCUAACCUCAGAAAAAAACAACAGCCAAAGACUGAUCUGAAAACAUUGUUUUUUUUGUAGACUGUUUUUUUUUUUUAUUCAGGAAAACUUUCAGAGAGGAAAAUGAUCAGAAUCAUCUUUAGACUCCUCAGGUGAACUCUGACUCAUCAAAUUCAUACAAAAAACCGUAGCCACCGCACGCUGUCUAAUCAUACUUAAAAUGUAAGUGCUCACUGUAUGAAAGACGUAAAGCAUUAAUUUAUUGUUAAAACGGUUGGUAAAUCUGAGCAUAAACAAGUUUUUAUAAAUCGUUUUUACUUUUGAGGAUUGAAAGAAGCUGCAAAACAGCCCCAGUCCCUCCUCCCCCAUACCUGCUAGUUUCAAGUCUCUCUCUUUGGUUUUCUUAGUUUUGUAAAACACGUAAAGGAGCAGAGGCUGGUGAGGAUUGGAUGAAUACUUCUUUUUAGCCUGCAUGCAGAGGAACUUGAAGCUGACUGAAGCUUUUCUUAGAAUUUUCUGUCCUCUAUUGAAGGUCCAGGCUGAGAAAAUGUUCUUCAGAGCCCCCAAAAAACAAAUCCUGGUAAACAAGAACCAUGUUUCGACUGGCAGAUUAAUUACUUUUCUUUAUGUGCAAAAAUCUCUUCUGUCCGAUCCGUUGAGUCUUUAGAAAAAAAAUAAUUUAAACAGUUUUAUUUGUUGUCGCCUACAAGUCAUUUUUAAAUUUGUAUGUAACAUUAUACUCGUCCUCUGUCUUCUGUGGAAAAUUAUUUUUAUUUUUUGUACAGCUGAUUAUUAUUUUUUUUCUAAAUGGGUUUUAAAUUCUGUGGAUGACGCACUGCAAUGAAAGGAGAGCCGAGCUGCCGGAUGAAAACGUCAAUAAAGAAGAGAUGACAUUUUC